UCAUAGGAGAAGGCUUGAAAUCGACAAGUCACUUAAAAUCAAAACUGCAAGUGACCAAUGAGUGAGUAAGUGAUUCUGCAAAAAAAUUGAAGGAAUAAUCCAGAAUGUACAAGAACUCCAAACCGGAGUGUGGUACCCCCAAGAGAAGACGGAACUUGUGAAAUAGUUGCCCAAAACAUCAGUCACGGGCAGAGCACUUUUCUCUCCCGACAGUAUACAGAGGCUUCAUAUAAAAAGCCCUCGGCUAACAACGCAAUUAUCAGUGCGACCACAAAAGCAAGCAAGCGAACAAGUUUGUGAAAAAUAAAAGAAAAGUGAAACGUAAUACGAACACCCUCGACUUAAAAAAAUAAUAAUAUUAACAAUAUAAUUGAAAAGGAAAAAAUACUUCAAAAUUUCUGCAACGCUUAUAAUUUGCAUAUAAUAAAAAUAUCCAAAUAAAAUCUAAUCGAUCAAUCAAAGGCCCAAAACAACUCCAUCAUGUCAUCUUUAUUGAAGUUUACCUAUAAUUCGGAAGCCAAAAAAAUUAAUGGAUAUUUGAAGACAUCUGUACCCGAUUUCCUGGAUGUAAAGGAGAAAAUCCACACAAACUUAUUUGUGGAGCAUCAACAGAAACCUUGUGAAAUUCGUUUCUAUUGGAUUGAUGAAGAUUCGGAUGAAAUCGAUAUUGUCACCCAGAUUGACUAUGACAUCUUUCUGGAGAAAUCUGUAGAUCGCCGUCAUCUUUUGGUGGCCCCCAAACAAGCACCAUCAGGUAAGGAAGCCAGCUCUGCUAAAGCUCAAGAUGCUCCAUCCAGCUCUGGCUUCGGAAUGGGUCAAACUCAAGAACCACCAUCAAGUGGUGAGGAUUUGAACAAUCCCAGAAGUAUCCAUUUGAAUGUUAAUUGUGAUUCUUGCUUGAUGGCUCCAAUUGUGGGAUUCCGUUACAAGUGUAUUCAAUGUCCCAAUUAUGAUUUGUGUCAACAUUGUGAAGCAAAACAUGUACAUGCUGACCACAUGAUGGUUCGCAUGCCCAAUAAUAAUUGUCCCUAUGUGGUGGAUGCUUGGGUAAGCGGUGGUGGUCUUGGUUGUGGCCGCAAGUCGGGCCGCAAACAUCACGAAAAACGCUUCAAGAGUGGUGGAGCCAUGCCAACACCUUUUGGCUUCAAUUUUGCUAUGCCCACUGCAACCGUUGCUACAGCUGAAGGUGAAAAACCCAAAGAGUGUGGUGGUAGCGGACGCAAGCAUGCCCGUCGUAGUGCUCGCCACAGUUUCUUGUCGCAUUUGUAUGAAAUGAUGAAUGACUUGGCUGAGGGAGGUGGAGCUGCAGCAGCUGAAGCAGCAAUGGGAACAGAUGCUAACAACGCAGCAAAUGCUAGUGAUACUAAAACAACUACUAGCACCACAACAACAACAACUUCUGAUGGCGCUGGAGCAAAUGUGGAUCCCAUAGCCAAGUCAGCUAUGGAGGCAGCACAAAAAGCUCAUGAAGCAGCUGUGAGUGCCGCAGAAAUUGCAGCAAAAGUGGCCCACCAAACAGCAGUGGAGGCCGCAAAGAAGGCCACUAUGGCAGAUACAGCAACAACUUCUGCAUCUGCCGCAGCAGCAUCAGCUGCUUCGCAAACAAAUCAGGAGACCCAGAAAACUACCACUACGGCCACCACUACAUCUACUCCCAAUUCUUCUCAAACAACACCCACAAUGUCGGCAACACCCUCAUUGCAGGACUUUGUGCAAUUAUUGGAUCCCAAGCUCUUGAGAGGUGGAAUGGAGAUUCUUAACAACUUCAAUGAUAUGUUUGCCAAAAUGUUGGACCCCGUGGAAGGUGAUGAUACUUCCUCUGCUUGCCCCAUUGCAGACAAUAUACGCCGAGCAUCUCAACAAUCCAGUAAUUCUAACAAGUCCAUGCAAACUAAUGCAUCCAAUAUGUCAAACUCUGAAAGUAAGGCCGAAGAAAAGAAAACCUCAAAUUUGUUGGAAAUCAGUGAUGUGGGCAGUGAUAGCGAAAGUGACAGUGUCUCGGAAUCAUUUAUUAAAUUAAAUGCUCCCACAAAGGAGAAUACCCCAGAAAAAGCCACACCAGCAACUGCUAACAACAAGUCAACAACGCCUUCUACACCCAAUACUUCUCAGACUUCAACACCACCACAAUCCUUGAACAAAUCUAAUAUUAUGGACUUUGCCCAAUUGAGUGCUGAUUUGAAAGCCCACAUUGCCCAAGAGCAGAGCCGUGAAAACACUACUCCAGUUAAGCCGGCUCAAGAAGCUGCAGUCGAAUUGCGUGCUGUUCCAGUCUUCAAUACACCUCCGAAGACACCGGAAGGCACCGAUGCAGGCCAACCAAGAAAACCCGAAGAAAACCCGAGAGCUGUGCACAUCUAUCAUGAAGAUGAACUCAUUAACCAUUCCAUCCGAGCCAUGAUGUCAAUGGGUUUCAGCAAUGAAGGCGCCUGGCUAACACAAUUGCUAGAGAGUGUAAAUGGCAAUAUAUCCGAAGCUUUGGACCUUAUCUCGGCCACUCAACGUAAUAGCCGUUAAUUGAAUUCGGCUGUUCAAUAUGAUGACCUAUUAAAAAUACCAAAAUGGAUUUUAUUCAAUAGAUACAAUAUUAUCACAUAUUCAAUAUUUUUUGUAGUUCUAAGUAUUCCUAUAUGUGGCGGUGGUGUCCAAUUCCUCUGUCCUUUUAAAGAUGAUUCAUGUAUAUGUAAAAGUAGUUUUAGUCCUUUAAUGCUGUACUCUUGUGAGAUGAACUCUUUAUCCACGAGAUAAAUACACAUGUAUGCCUAUAUAUAUUCGUUAUUUAAAAAAUAA